AUGUUUCUAGCUCGAAAAUCAGUCAAGCAUGGUGUCCGUGGUACUAGAGAAGUUGCUGUUGCGUUGCGCAGACGGAACCUGACAAAAUCGGUGGUCGAAGGAAUCCUAGAGCCUCCGCUUUCGACCAGGACACUUCCACAGUACUUCAGAGAAGAUAUCUUGGAGUUACACAGCACCAGAACCGCGUUAAUCUGUCGACAGGAGCCGCCCAGGUCGCAUGGAGGUCCACCAUCGCGUAACCUGGACAGGGCGGGACAAUUGGCAUGGGACUUUCAGGAGUUCGACAGGCAUAUCAACGCGCUUGCAAGAGGUCUUCUGGCAAUGGAUGUUCAAAAGGGUGACCGUGUUGGCGUUAUUAUGGGAAAUACUAGUUCAUAUGCGAUGCUGCAGUGGGCAUGCGCAAACAUUGGAGCCAUUCUCGUGACGAUCAACCCAGCAUACCGUCUAACAGAACUGGUCGGAACUCUUAAGCUUGUCGGUGUGAAGCACCUCUUCGUGGUGCCCCGCAUCAGAUCUUCAACCUACGUGCGCACUCUCUCGGAAGCCUUCGUCCAAAUCCGGAGCCAGCACCCGGGUGAGAUCCAGCUCGAGGAGCUGCCCGAACUGCGCAAUCUCGUCGUUGUCGACAACGCAGAAUCGGAGAAAGACGACCUCGACAAGCUGCACAUCAAGAGUAUGGUCGACUGGCGAGAGAUUCUUAUUUGGCGAGAAGACGCGACCGAAGCGAGGAUUCAGCGGAACAUUUGUGCGGGCCUCGACAAGGAUGAGGUCAUUAAUUUACAGUUUACGAGUGGCACGACAGGCGCUCCGAAGGCGGUUUCGCUUACCCAUUCGAAUAUCCUGAACAACGCAAUCUCGAUAGGCCGCUGUAUGCGCCUUACCGAGAGAGACGUCCUGUGUAUGUCAAAUACCCCCUUGACCGACAUACGCCUUGUAUUGGGAAACCUGGCGGCUUGGUCUCAUGCCGCGUGUAUCGUAUACCCGUCCCCGAUAUUCGACCCCCCAUCAAUUGUCGACGCGGUAAUAGGAGAGAAAUGCACGGCGUUGCACGGUGUUCCGACCCAUUUUCUUGGUGUUUUGGCCGAGGUCGAGAAAAGAAAGACCGAGGGUGAUAGCGUGGAUAUACGUUCGCUGCGGACAGGCAUAGCAGCUGGAUCUCCGAUCCCUAUUGACCUUAUGCAGAGCCUCAUCAAUAAGCUAAAUCUGCGGGAAUUGACGAAUGCUUAUGGAAUGACUGAGACUAGCCCAGUGUCCUUCCAAACUACGCCUGCGGAUCCGAUCAUCAAACGCGUUGAGACAGUCGGAAAGGUUCAGCCGCACGUCAAGGCGAAAGUCAUUGAUGGCGAAGGCAACACCGUCGAUGUGGGUAAGCCGGGCGAACUGUGCGUCGCUGGGUACCUUCUCCAGAAAGGCUACUGGAAUGACGAAGAACAAACACAGAGUGUGAUGAAGAAGGACGAAAAUGGAACAGUAUGGAUGCAUACCGGUGAUGAGGCUAUCAUGGACGAUGAGGGUUAUCUCCGAAUCGUCGGCAGGAUUAAGGAUAUUAUAAUACGUGGUGGUGAGAACCUGUUCCCAGUCCAGAUCGAGAACGCGAUGACGGCGCAUCCGGAGAUUCGCGAGGCUGCUGCUGUCGCGGUACCCGACCUCAAGUAUGGUGAAGUCGUGGGCGUGUGGAUUGUGCGCGAGCCGCAUACCCGGAUGAGCAGAGAGGAGGUGAGGCAGUGCGUCGCGGAGACGAUGAAUCCCCAGAAUGCACCUGCAUGGGUUUGGUUUAUCAACGAAGAUGGCAACCCGGAGGAGCUACCGAAGACUGCUAGUGGUAAGGUCAUGAAGCAUGUGUUGAGGGAGUGGAGUCAGGAGUUGGCGAAGAAGAAUUUUGGGCGCGUUGGUCGGUGA